CCAAAGCAACCAACGCAAAACUUUGUGAGCGAAGGCAGCGUUAUCACAAUUCAUAUCGCAAUGUAAGCAACGCAUGAUGCAACAGUUUCUGUGUUUCAGUCAAUCAUCCGGUUCAUUUUUAUUGAUUUUUCAUUCGAAAUCGUAGAAAUUUAUACUUAUCAUUUUGAAAAAAUUAUUGAAUUAAUUAUUAAUAAAGCAUAAUGAACGUAAUAUUAUCGAAACCAUUUCUUUCAAUCCAUCCGGCAAUACUGUCUAUACUUUUGAUUGGCAGUAUCGUUUAUCAACGCUAUGUAUUCAAUAAACUCGACGCACAGAUUAUUAAACAGUUAGAUGACUUGAAAAAGACAAUGGAGGAUGAUUUCAAGAGAAUAGAGAAUGGUCUUGAUGACUUGAAAAAGACAAUGGAGGAUGAUUUCAAGAGAAUACAGGAUGCUCUUGAUGACUUGAAAAACACAAUGGAGGAUGGUUUCAAGAGAAUAGAGGAUGGUCUUGAUGACUUGAAAAACACAAUGGAGGAUGGUUUCAAGAGAAUGGAGGAUGGUCUCGAUAGAAUCGAUAGAUCUCUAACGGAGCUGGACAAAUCUCUAACAAAGCUCAACGUAGCUGUAACCGAGCUCCAAACAAGUGUAACAGGGCUCACAACUGAGAUUGAGCCAAUCAAGUCUGAAACAUCCAAAAUAUUGAGUGAUAAUUCAACACGUUGAAGAAAAAUCAUCGCAACCAAACUGAAUAUCAUCAAGAUAAUGUCCGAAGCGCCGUUAAAUAUCAAUUAGUAAUUUAGUAUAUUUUGUAUUUCGAAUGUAUAUUGUAGUUUUCUUUCUUUUUUUGAGUGUAACGUAUAUAGUUAUUGUAUAUUUUCCCCAUCGUGUUUUCGCCGAUUUGGCAACGAUUUUUAAAAAUUUGCAUUAAAAUACAUAGUUCGAAGUGUC